AUGUUCUCUUUAACAUCGGUCCAAGAAAAAAUCCUCUGCAGUGCGACACCCAAAGAUCGAACUCACUACAUAAGAAAAAUUGUUUAUUUGCUUGAUUCUUUAAUUCUUUCUUUCUAUCUAUCGAUGCCUGUCGUAUCUAUCUAUCUAUCUAUCUCUGCCUGUUCGUAUCUAUCUAUCUAUCUAUCUAUCUAUCUAUCUAUCUAUCGCUGCCUGUCGUAUCUAUCUAUCUAUCUAUCUAUCUAUCUAUCGCUGCCUGUCGUAUCUAUCUAUCUAUCUAUCUAUCUAUCUAUCUAUCUAUCUCUGCCUGUUCGUAUCUAUCUAUCUAUCUAUCUAUCUAUCUAUCUAUCUAUCUAUCGCUGCCUGUUCGUAUCUAUCUAUCUAUCUAUCUAUCUAUCUAUCUAUCUAUCUAUCGCUGCCUGUCGUAUCUAUCUAUCUAUCUAUCUAUCUAUCUAUCUAUCUAUCUAUCUCUAUAUUUGCAAUAUAAGUUUUCCAAAACUAUCUAUCUAUCUAUCUAUCUAUCUAUCUAUGUCUGUUCGUAUCUAUCUAUCUCAGUCUGUUCGUAUCUAUCUAUCUAUCUAUCUAUAUAUAGAUAUGAAGAUCUAUCGAUCUCAAUCUGUUUAUAUCUAUCUAUCUAUCUAUCUAUCUAUCUAUCUAUCUAUUUUCUGUCUUUUAAAUGUCGUUAUUGUCUUGUCAUCGUAUUGUUCAGUCUUUUAA